AGGGUGGUUGUGGUAGCAUAUAGGGUCGUACUUGCGUCGCCGUCGUCAGCUCCUAAAUACCACUUAUGGAUGAAUGCAUGCAAAAAUGUCCCUUAAAUUCAAUAAGUUCCCAAAAACCUGAGAGACCCAUAAUAACCUAACCAACCAACCAGUCAACCUAUUCCUUUAUACAUCAUCCUUCUCCUAAAUCCUUGCACAACUCGUAAAUUUUUAGGCAAGGCUGAGCAAAUACUCGAUCCAUGAUAAAUCCAAAACAGCCCUCUUUGGUUUUUCUACAACCACUUCUCUCCUUUUUCCGUACCUUUUUCUACAUCUCUGCUGAAUCCUAUCCUGUUAUGUCAUAUAAAUAUAUAACUAACGACCGAGCGAGGCUGGAUGUUGGUAAAAAUGGAGGAAAAGGCCGUCUUCUCUUCUGGUAGGAAUCAGAGUCAACAAAGAGAAAAAAGUAAUCAGUUGCUCGUCUGCCCCUGUGUUGUCAUCUCCUCUUCUCUCCGCUCCUGCUCUACCCCAACAUCCUCCUCAAACCUUAUCCCCAUUCUACGCACUUCACUUUAUCAACGUACAAAUAUUUAACCAGUUUUACUUAUCAUACGAUAUUCUUCCUCUCCUACUCCUCCUCCUCCUCCUGCCAAGAGAUAGUUGUUACACUGGUCAGUUUUUCCUCACUGGUGACGACAUUAUUCCUCUGUUAUCCUAGUUGCGUGCGUCGUCGUCUUGGAAGAAGAAGAAGAAUCUUGGUGUGAUCAAGUGAGUGCAAGUGAGACGAUUCCGUGGAGUCUGUAAAGCAGUUGGAUUUUCUUUGGACGGUGAUGAGACAUCAAAAAGUGCGUAAAAUAAUUUGUUAAUCUUCUGCUCUGUGGGAUUGGAAGUAUUGGAGUCUGGAUUUUUUUUGGUUCUGGAUUGCGUAAAAAACAAAGGCAACAAGAAUAGGUGGUGAUCAUCUUCCCUAUUCUACCGUCUGGUCAGUCUGGCCGCAACGGCCGUGACGAUGAAGGAGAUGACGAUGCGAGGAGAUGGUGGCGGAGAAACUGCACAUCAUCACCCUCACGCCAUGGGGCCAGAUAAGAUGAUGCAUGACCAAGAAUUGCAACACUUGGUGACCUCCAGCAUCCCUUCGCCACCAUUCUCAGGUCUUCAGCUAAUCAACACCUCGCAAGGCAUCACAGUAUUAGAUCCCUUCUACUCGGCCCACCUUCUCGCCAGCCUCGCCGCCGCCAAUCCAGGGACCAGAUUCCAACUUCCUAUCCCACUGCCCAUCAGCGUCCCCAACUCCGCUCCACGACUUUGCACUUACUCCCCCACACUGCCUGUUAACGGACUUACGACGCUGACUUCGAUGCCCACCACACAACUGGACAUCCUCUCCUCCUGGGUAAAUGAAGAGAACAACAACAAGAACAACGAGAAUAAUAAUAGGCAGAGGAAAAUCUCCGGAAAUCGGGUCGUCUCCAGCAUCAAUAACCUUUCCCUCAACAACAAUAACAUCACUAGCAGCAAGAAUAAGAAGAAUAACAAGGCAAACAGUAGUAAUAAUACCAGGCAGAGAAAAGUGUCCGAAAAUCGAGUAGUUUCCACUACUAUUGAUAUCAACAUCAGUCCCACUAAUAAUAACGUGACGAAUAACAAGAACAAAAAGAACAAGAGUAAUAAUUCCUCUCAACAACAGCAGCAGCAGCAACAGCACCAAGACAGUGUUUCAAACCAACAGCAACAAUCAAAUCAGCAGCAGCAAUCUCGAGAUAAGGUGUUCACUUGUCCCAUCUGCGCCCGAUGCUUUGGCUACAAACACGUCCUACAAAAUCAUGAGCGCACUCAUACAGGGGAAAAGCCCUACUUUUGCAAAAUCUGCAACAAACGGUUCACCCGAGAUCAUCAUCUGAAAACACAUAUGCGUCUUCACACGGGUGAAAAGCCGUACAAUUGUACCCAUUGUGACAAGCAGUUUGUUCAAGUGGCCAAUCUCCGUCGCCACUUGAGGGUCCACACGGGAGAAAGGCCAUACUCUUGUGAACUGUGCGACUCGAGAUUUUCCGAUUCCAACCAACUCAAGGCUCACAUGCUCAUUCAUAAAGGACAAAAGCCAUACUAUUGUGAAGUCUGUACGAUGCGAUUCCGUCGUCGCCACCAUCUCACGCAGCACAAAUGUGUCAAGAACAGCGAGGGCUUCCCGUUCCCCCACUCACCUCCGGACAUCUCCCCUCCAACCUCCAAUAAUAACAACAAUAAUAGCAAGCAGCGAGAACGCAAAUCAAGGGAGACUAGACGGAUCAUCCGGGUAGCUGGACUUCCUGUUGCGACUGCGGUCACUUCAGGGCUGGAAGAAUUGGACGAUUCCUUCAUGUCCGCCUUGCCGGAGCAGACCCAACCUGAAGAUUUGAGCGUGGGUUCUUCCGGGGGGAGUACGCUUGGGGGGAGGAAUAGGAAUUUUAGCGGAAGUGGGUGUGGGAGUCAUUCCAGCGUCAGUGGGUCUCCUAGUCCGAGUGGAGGGUCGCGAGGGUCUCUGGGCCCGUAUUGUCACUCCGUGUCCAGCAAUGAGCACAUAGAAUACGACUAUAGCGACGAGGAGAAGAGUGGAACUGCAGACAGCAGCACGGGAAAGAAUGACUCAGACGAACAUCCAUCCCCGUCCCAGGGGUGAAAGCUUAGUUGAAAAACAACCAACCUACAGCACAAUCUCAUCUCAUUCAUUCAUUCACCACCAGCAUCCAUUGUCCAUCCGCCAUCAUCACGGCUGCCAAUACAACAACUCGGUUCUUGAUCAACAUUUUUUCUUGGUUUUACUUGUUGUCAUCCCUUAAGAGGAAUUUUCUGUCGUCGUCGUCGAUCCAAGUCCAAAAGUGACGUCUGUCUCCGGUAUCAUCCUGCUUCAAAUUUGUACCCCGGUAAAGAAUUACUAUAAUAAUUGAGCAAGGGAGAAAUUCAUGAGAGAAGAAAGAAAGAAAAGUUAUCUAACUAAAGUAUAAGCAACGAAUACGGGUUCAUAUAUGAAAUAUCAUGCUAUUGCAAAGGGAAGAUUAUCGUAGAAUAGUUAGUACAUGUAUGAAAACACAAUGAUUUCCGAGUAUUUAUUUAUUAAUUUUAUUUGAGAAUAUGAAACAGAAGAGCGUCUAGUUUACCUCUAGCUGCUGCUGGUGAUAUGCAUACAUAAAUACAUGGCAUUUAGACAUGUCAAAGUAUCAACCAGUCAUUCCUAAAAGAAACGAGUGCUGAAUAUUCAGCCAACAAGCUACCUCAUUUACUUGUUAUUGAAAAAUUUGUGAUUUAAUUUUGUCAUUUUAUAUAUCAGUAGAAAGUAUAUAAUAUAUGCACAUCUGAUCAAUGAACCAACGUGACGGUGAUUCACAAAAAUUACGGGUUUUUGUCUUUUGGACAAAUGUAAAAGAAUGUACCUUUGCGCGGAGUAGAGUUCCUAUUAAUAAUAUGUGUCCUCAUUAUUAAUCGUUACCAUAUACAUUUUAGAGUCAAGAAUGGGUGUAAAUUUUAUUGCGGAGAUCGCAACUUUUAGCAAGCCUAAUGCAAUGAGAGAUCCUCAUAAUAUUUUUGCAUUUGAUUGAUGCUAAUCAAUGCCAAUUAUGGAAUCAAUACGGGUAUUACAUUAGGGAGAACGUCAUCAUAAGCGACUAGAAGAACUUGUAUAUACAUAAAUAUAUUCUAUAUUGAAAUAUUGAACACUACAAUAACUAUUGCAGUAGUUAGUUAACAGUAAGUUAGCAUAAAUAAUUUAUCUUGUAUGUAAUAUACAUAUUUACACUCGUAGUGCUACACAUUUCCAUAUUCUCGGUGAAUACUUCCUCGUGACCAAUCAAUUUGAAUGGAAUGGGAAUCAGCUUAAAUAUUUUCUCAAUCUCCACCUUCUUUGAACUUUAAAAAAGAAACAUUACUGUACUGAAACAAUCGUUCAGGUUUUUUCCUAAAAUUACCUCCGGUGACUUAACAAGUAGGUAGGUAGAAUUAUUCUCAUAAUAAUAUGUGGGAUUAUUGAAUUAUUGUUCAUGAUCAACCCAGUGAAAAACAUUCCUCCAAAAGAAACGAGUGUCUCAAUGUGACUCCCGGUGUCAAACUCAGUACCAAUAAUAACUUUAAAUAUAAUACGGUUUUCCUGAAAAACUGUGAUUCGUCGUAUAUGCCAGAUUGUCAAACUCUUAUUUCUUGUCUCUAUUGUCUCCUCGUCAACUCUAAAAAGACACACAAUCAAAAUCAAGUUUAUUCCAGUGAACACUAAAGUACUGAUAAACCUAUGAUACAUUGUCCGGUGAGGUGAAAAUGUAGUUAACAUAAGGUCCAAUCCAUAUUAUAUAAACUAAAAUGUGUACCUGUCAAUUCAGGCGACUGUCUCGGUGAAGUAGAAGUAAAUUAACUUAUUUCUUGGCCUUCUCCCCAACCAAAUCAACUCCAUUCCAUAAAUUCGUCAAUUUCUAAAGCAAAAUAAUUUUUUAAUCAAAAAAAUAUAGAAAUACAUAUUCAAAGACUUUACUUCCAUUCAUUUCAUCUUCUUAUGCAAAAAUUUCUGGGUGGGUGAACACACACAACAAUGGAAUGGAGUGGGUAUAGGGUUUGCCUACAAGUAUCAACUAUGUUCAAACCUUACACUACCGGUGAUUGACACAUCGUGCCAACAUGUCAUAUUAUAAAGCCUUUCAAGGUUCAAGGACUGGUAAACUCUAGGUACUGGAAAAAUCAUUCUUUAGAGAUUUUUAAUUUAUUCACUUUUUGGAUUGAUUUCCUUUAAGAAUUUCUAUUAUGUAAAAAUAAUGAUAAAAGAGGUCCAUGAUUUUUGGGUAAAAUCAAAAGUUUCUGUCAUUGUUCAAGUCCAUAACAAAUACUUUGAGCUAACAGUAGUGGAAAAAUAAAUAGAUUAGAAGAAAGGCCUCAGAUAGGAAAAAAACUUGGGAAUUUUGAUUAAAAAAUGCCAGCUUGCUUUUUCAUACCCUUCAUGCCUGUCUGUCAUUCUUUUUCAUUCUCUACGCAUAGCAAAGAAUAAAGCGAUCACAAUGCGAUAGAAAAAUCUCAAAUAAUGACGAUGAUUUUGAAACCCACAGUUCCUCACGUUCAAUCGUUAGUAGUAAUCAGUAAUACAUAAUCUGAUGAUGCCAUAUUUAUAUAUAUAGAUAUAUACAUAUAUAUUAUAGUACUAUAUAUCAGUCAAAAACUUAGUAUCGACUGUAAGAAAACGUUAGUAAUAAUAUGAUCCUGGAGAACUUUGUGCCAAAAUGUACUCGCUUUUUAAAUCAAUAAUGAUUUGUAACGACCUACCUCAUUAAUCUUUAAUAUUACUACAUUACAUGUAAGAAGGUACAUAAAAAACAUAUAUCUCAGAGGAAGAACAAACAAUAAUAAUGCUGCUGUCUUGUCGCCUUGUAUUAUUCAAUAGUAGUUAGUGGUGUAUUUUCGUAAGAAAUUGAUGAAGACUGAUGAAAAAUGGUCUCAACUAUAACUCAUUCUGAACAAAUAUCUCAAUACAAAAAAACUCUUCUGUCGAAAUGUCUUUUUUGUCAGUGUCAACGAUAAGACUGAAAAGUUCUCGCCUUGUACUCGUCAUCUUCUUGUUUUGUUUUUUGGUUAAACAUCUCUCCUGCUUUGUAAAAUUGAAGAUAAUAAUAACAUUAUUAGUAAUUGAUAACGCGUCCUACUUGAAUAUUUAAGUAAGUAUAAGUAACUGUGAGCUAAUCGGUCGUGUUGCAUGUGUUUGUGGCGUGACUAAACGGGAAAACGGGUUAAACUAGGAUACAUUGAAAGUUAUUGGUUUUUAUACCUAAUAAUAAAUAACUACAUCAUACAACUAUUAGUGAACAAUAGUAAUAGUAAAAUAACAAUACUUUAUUAUAAGUUCAAUAAUAAUUUAAGUCAAUGAAAUAAGCAACAAUGUAACUGAAAUGAAAUGAAUACGGGUAAUCUUAUGAAAUUUUUCAUAAGUGUGUCACUUCACUAUCAUUCAUCAGUACGGGUAUUACGACUACUGAAGCACGACAGAAUAUUGAAAAUAUAUAUAUAUAUUAUGCAAUAGUAUUAAAACAAUAGCUAUUUUGUACAAGAGUAAUGUAUCCAGUAGAUAGUUUCUUAAUGGUAUAAUUAAACAACAAUUUAUUGCUAGUUCUUAUGAAAAACACACGUCAAACCUCUUAAAUGAAUCGAAUCGUAUAAAAACGGAAAUCACAUUUUCUCAUUAUCAUCCCAUCUUAUACUCAUGGAUGAAUUUACGAGGAAGUCAUAAUAAUGGUCGAUUCAAUUUACGAUACGCUUUCGAAUUUGUAAAAUUUUCGUAGUGCAUAGGUCGUUCUUGAAAACGUAUCGUGAAAGAAUACGUAAUGAUUUAUGUGAACAUGUCUCUGAGAUUAUGAAGCAUUCCUUUACCUUAUCUACCUGAGUUUAUAAAUCAGUUUGUUAUUUAUAAUGAUUGAUUUUUGAACAAAAUAUUUUACAACCGGUGUAUAAUAAUAAUUAUUAAUAACAAUUAUUAUUAUUUAUCUCGAAUAUAUCGAACGAUUUGAUUUUGAAUAUUGUUAUUAUUCCAAUAUUGGUUAUGCUACGAGAAUGAGUAAAAUCAUGAAACUUAAACAUUGGAUUUAUUAUUAAGUACAAUAAUAAAGAGUUCCUAUUUAUUGCUUUUGUCACAUAUGCUAUAUAGUUAGUACGAAUUGUAUCCGUGAUCUGUGAACUAUAAUAAAUUUUUCUACCUCAUGUGUGUUAAU